UCUUAUCCCUCGUUAAGUUAACUCGGGAACAGAGCGUAAAAUGACAUUUAACUCCGUCGAAAUACGCCACCUAAAACCACCGCACCACCACAACUCUACCCACCUCGUCCAAAACCCUAACCACCGCAGCUCCUUUUUCACUCAGCGAAUCAUCUUCAAACGCUCACUCAACUAAUCUGAUUUUUGAGCAGAAAUGCAUGGUGGCGGCGUUGCUAGCGGCGGUUCGGUGGCGAAAGGGAAGAGGAAGACAUCUCAUCAGUUGGCGAUUCUUGAGAAAACUUAUGCAGAGAAUUCAUUUCCAUCGGAGCAGCUUCGAGCAAAGCUAUCAGUGCAGUUGGAUUUAACAGAGCCGCAAGUGGAUAAUUGGUUUCGUUAUCGGAGGUCCAAAGAUGAAAGAUGGUCAUGUUAUCGGAGGUCCAAAGAUAAAAAAAGGGGGUCAGAUAAGAUCGGUUAUAAUCCCUGGAGAAAUACAAACAAUUGCACACCAAAGAAGAAACUAAAGUCAUCUGAUUCCGAGGAUGCUUCCGAUUCUUCUGAUUCUGAUGGUGGUGAUGCACCCUUUAAGAAGAAACAAUGUGGGUUGGUUGACAAUGUGUCUCCUAUGCCGGAUUCUUCAUCUGAUUCUGAGGAUGCUUCCGAUUCUUCUGAUUCCGAUGGUGGUGAUGUACCCUUUAAGAAGAAACAAUGCGGGUUGGUUGACAAUGUGUCUCCUAUGCCAAUUUCUACUGGUUAUAAUAUGGGCAAGACAAAGAAACGCGCUUGGAGAAACACAAACAAUUGCAUACCAAAGAAGAAACUAAAGUCAUCUGAUUCUGAGGAUGCUUCUGAUUCUGAUGAUUCUUCUGAUUCCGAUGAUGCUGAUGUACUACUCUUUAAGAAGAAAUGCCGUGUGUUGGUUGACAAAGUGUCUCCUAUGCCAAAUUCUACUGGUUAUAAUAUGGGCAAGACAAAGAAAUGCGCUUGGAGAAACACAAACAAUUGCAUACCAAAGAAGAAACCAAAGUCAUCUGAUUCUGAGGAUGUUUCUGAUUCUGAUUCUGAUUCCGAUUCUAAUUCUGAUGUUGGUGCACUCUUUAAGAAGAAACACCGGGAGUUGGUUGACAGUGUGUCUCCUAUGUCAGAUUGUUUACUUGACGGUGGCGGUGGAGGUGACAGUGGUGGUGAUGGUGAACUCUUAGUCCCGAAGCCGGAACAAUGUGAGUUGGCAGAAAAUGUGUCUCCUAUGUCAGAUUCUGUAUUUAUAUGCAUAUCACCAUCAAGCAAAACUUACUCCCACUCAAAAUCGGUUUCAACUUUCAAGUUACACCUCAAAUCAGUUAUGGCGUGCAACGAUGAAGUGGUCAUGGUUUUGGAAACCAAAAGAAACCCCCAAGUUUGGAAGCACUUUGAUCUGUGCUUGAUGUCCGAUAGCCAUGAAAUGGCACGGUGCAAAGGUUGUGGGAAGUUCAUGAAGGCUACGGCGAACUCGACGCUUAGAAAACACACCGAUCGUCAUUGUCCGGUGACAAAAGCUACGGCGAAGAAAAGUGAAGGCGGUGAAUCAUCCGGAACCGGUUCUUCGAAGCUGGAAGUGUCCUCAUCUUAUCAAAGUGACGUAGUUUGUAUCCAAGGCUACAAAGUGAAGCGAAGUAAUGCAACAAUUCUUGAAGCCAUUAUCAAGAAACACGGUGACAUUGCAGUUAACUGUGUAUUCAAAACAGAUUCUGUGAGAUCAUCAAUCCUUGAGGUUGUUUGUGAAGUUGUCAGGCGGAUUCAAACGGAUAAUGUUAUUGAGAUAGGGGAAGAUAUAGAGCGCCAAUUGUCGGAUGCUGAAGCCGCCAACAUUAAUGUUUCAUGGAUUCGAGCACACUUUGAAGCCUUUAACAAUAGGAAGGAGACCAGUAAAACGUAUAGUUUGCUUACGGAAAUGAAAUUAAACACCGUUUUGGUUAAAAGAGCGGCUCAGAUGGAUUUGAGGGAUAAAAGUGCAAAGCUCGUUGCUGCGCAAGAGGAGUUUAAAAAGGUUGAAAGGUGUGUGCAAGUGUUGCAUCUUGUUGAAAAGAAUCUAAAUGACAACAUCUUGGAAUCUAAGUCUAAACUAGACUCAUGGGUAAAGCCUCCAGUUGUAUAGGCUAACUAGAUCAUGUCAUCAUCAUCAUCAGAGUAGAUGUAGACAGCCUUACCUCUACCCCGUAGGAAUAGAGAGGCUGCUUCCAGUGAGACCCCCGGCUCGAGCUAACUAGAUCAUAUAAUGGUGUGUAAUUAUUAAAACGUUUGCCAUUAGUUGUCUUGUAUUUUGGUCAAAUGGGGUUGAUCCUGCUAUUAGUUUAAACCUUAUGUGUUUUGAACCUUAUAUGAAUUGGACUAGUAGUUAAUUUUAAUACUAGGAAAACCGCUUUGAAAAUGAUAUCCAAAUUAUUCGAACACUAA